AUGCCGGAGCCCUCUGCCUUCUUCCCCCUCCCCCUGGCCCGAAGGGGCGUGCUGCCGGCUGCUUCAGAGAGCAGCAUGGCGCUUGCAGCAUCAGGAGGCAAUCCCCCAGGUCUACUAGAAGAUCCCGGAUCAGAUGCUUUGAUGGAAGCUUUUGGUUCCUUGGAAUGUAAAUACUACAUUGAGUCCCAGGAAGUGCCCUGCAGCAUAACUUGGAGGAGAAACACUCCUAACAGUUUCUCCAGUACCGAUGGUCCCCUGGUGAAGGCUGACGAGGAAAAUGAGUUGUUGGUGCUGGUAGAUUCGAAGGACUUUCUCAAGCGUCUCUUUUCUAUAACUCAGAGUUUAAGAGAAGCCCCAUCAGGGAGCAGGCCUGAUCAGCCUUUGGACCGUCUGAAAGGCCCCUUCCUAAAAUCCUACAGCCUGGCUGUCAAUGGACUUGGCACCUACAGGUGGUAUGAUCUGCAUCAGGACAAGCAGUGGUCACUGAGACCUGGAGAGCAGAGCAGACAGGAGGAUCCCAGAUUCCACCCAGAGCUGUCUACGACGCAGCAGGAGAUAGAGAAGGGGCUGGUGGUGCUACUGCUCUGGGGUAACACUGAGGUCUGGUUCCUGGACACAUGGCAUGAGUUGAGCCAGCAUGUUUCUGCACUGACCAAGACAAUAGCAAAACGCCCAUACAAGAAACAGCUGGAGACCCAACUAUUCUCCUUCUGCACUGAUGGGGGCUGGUCCAGUGGCAUACGUGUGGAGAAGGACGGGAUGGGACUGCAACAGGUGUGGAAGAGACAAAUCCAGCAGUUUAACAAAGUUAGCCCUGUUGCGGGCUAGACAAAUCCAGCAGCCAUAGCAGCAGCAUACCCUUCCCCAAGCCUACUACUUCAGGCCUAUCAAGAGUGCAGCACAGAGAAGGACAGACUCCUCCUGCUGCGUGACAUUUGGGUAAAAGCAGAGGAUAGCAGGAGAGAACGACAGCUUGGGCCAGACUUAUCCUACCAAGUCUCUCUCUUAUUGACAUCCACUAAUCAAGACCUUGUUUUGGACUUAAGUGCUUAG